AUGGAGUCCGACAUCGCUGACGACCUCGAUAAGCUCAACAUCAGAGAUAUUUUGAACGCAGAUUCACGGCCGACGUUUAUUAUUGAUCUUGACCCAGAUGAUGAGUCACCACUACCCUCAAACAUUAUUGAACCCGUGUUUUGCAAUACCGCCUUGACUACACACGAGCGACUUUUUGACUCUGUACGCGGGGAAGCCACAUCUAGCGGGAAAACCGCGUCUGUCUCAUACCUUGACUUCAAGUGCUGGGCCACUGGAAUCACAACACAAGACGACUCCAAGGAUGUCUACCCUCUGUUUUUUCUCUACAACGACUUACUCUGGACCGGAUCAACCGUCACGAAAAGAUGGCGAUUGAUCAGUGGAAACCGACAGUGGAAACAAACCGCUGCCCCGGAAACUUUGUCUUCCAGCGCCCUGUCUCGGGCCAGUACACCCGGUAUCAGAGACAAGGACAUGGAUAACGACCAAGCAAAGCAGGAAGACACUAAAUUGGCAAAGCAAGACCCAGAGCCCGAGGUCAGAAAUACCAUCUUCCAAAGCCCAACCGAGAUGAUAGCUCCGGAAAUACCCUCUGUAGGGUCAACGCAUAUCGUGUCGACACAGCGAAAAGAAUCACUCAAAUCGUGGUGGCGAGGAGGGACGUCCAAGGGGAGUUCAGACCGUAUUACUGGCAGCUCAAGUAGUGGAUCAUUUGUCUUGGGGAAACCCGAGAAGGCUGUCGCAGAUUGGACAGCGGCAAAGCCGAAAGGAUUUUUAACGCCCUAUAUCAAGCUUCUGAGGGAUAUCGACUGGUCUUUAACGCCACUGGGACACAUGGAUACGUGGUCGCCAGAGCUUCGCCAAGUCGCAAAUCUCGUCAUCACCAAUCCUCACCCUGCAAGUUUGUUCUGGGGAAAUGACAUGACAAUGCUCUACAACGAGCAAUAUGCCAUCCAUUACGCUGGUAACAAGCAUCCAUCUAUGCUAGGCACAGGCGCGUCUGGUCCUUGGUCUGAAGCCUGGGAUGUUCUUGGAUCAGCUUUCGCUGAGGUUAUACGGACUGGUGUCAGCCAUCGCGGCGAUAACGAUGAAUUAGCUCUGUUUAGAAGAGGGUUUCUCGAAGAGACCCAUAUCUGCUGGACACUCACACCGUUGUAUGGCGGCACAGACCGUAUAGUCGGCUUUUAUAAUGCACCAUUCGAAACAACAGAUCUCAUUCUAAGUCAGCGUCGAAUGGCUACCAUCAACAAACUCGGGGUGUCUUUGCGAAAGGCAACUUCCGUUAAAAGCUUUUGGAAGUCUGUACUUGAAGGACUGGAGGAUAAUCACAAGGACGUUCCGUUUGCUCUGGUCUACUCUGUUGGGGAUUCCGAGGACACAGAUCACCAAUCGAGCUCUUCUGGUAGCACGAUUUCAAGCAAGUCUUGCUAUCUCGAGGGGACUAUCGGUAUACCUCAUGGACAUACUGCUGCCCCAGAUCAGAUUGAUCUCAAGCGGAGUCACCAGGGCUUUGUCCCAUCCUUCCGUGAAGCCAUGCGUACACGAGGCGAGCCUACAUUGAUUCGUAUUCGAGACGGGUCUCUACCAGAAGAUAUUUUACAAGGGAUCCAGUGGCGAGGGUUUGACGAAACCGGCUCAGAAGCAAUCAUAUUCCCCAUUCGACCAACCAAUGGCGAGAACGUCUUGGCCUUCUUGGUCAUUGGAGUCAACCCUCGGCGACCUUACGACGCGGGUUACAAGUCUUUCGCCUCGUUGCUUAAUAACCAGCUAGCCACUUCUUUGGCGUCCAUUAUUCUCUUUGAAGAAGAGACACGCCGGGGACGGGACGCUGUCGAGGCCGCGGCAUUGGAGAAGGAGGAACUGACGCAGCAGAUUAACCUUCAAGCAAGUCGUCUCCGAAGAAUGACAGAAUUAUCGCCCCUUGGUAUGUUCCUCGCCAGUCCCGAAGGAAUAUUACGAGAAGCGAACGACAAGUUCUACGAAAUGACCGGCCAUACACGAGAGACUCACGGCGAUAUGACAUGGGUUGAUUUGAUGGGUACCUCGGGUAGUAUAAUGGAAGAAGGCUGGCAUCGUCUGACCCAAGAAAUGCUCCCGUGGUCGGGAGAAGUCCAGCUACGAAAGGGAGCUGAUGACCCUGUCAGCAUACAUGGUGAACGGAUUGACCGCUGGGUUUUGGUCACGGCACACCCUGAGAUAUCAGCUGGUGGCACCCUACGGUCUAUCAUGGGCUCCAUCACUGAUAUCUCGCACCUCAAAUGGGCCCAGGGAUUGCAGAAUCGACGACUUCAAGAAGCGGAGGAGACAAGACGACAACAGAAUGAGUUUAUUGAUAUCACAUCCCAUGAGAUGAGAAAUCCUCUGAGCGCCAUUCUGCAAUGCGCGGAUGACAUUACCUUGGCUAUGGAGGCUGCAAGAUCAAGCGGUGUACCUGCCUCUCGCGAAGUUCUAGAUUCAUGCCUCGACGCGUCACAGACCAUCGCGUUGUGCGUGCAGCAUCAAAAGUCAAUCGUCGACGACAUCCUCACUGUGUCCAAGCUCGAUUCGAAUCUUCUUCUUAUUACACCCGUCGUCUGUCAGCCACAGGCCAUCGUUGAACGGGUGAUUAAGAUGUUUGAAUCAGAGAUGGUGGCGAAGGAUAUCAGUCUUGAGAUACAGAUCCCCCAAGAGUUUAACGAUCUCGCCGUCGACUGGGUUGCUAUGGAUCCAAGCCGCGUUCUACAGAUUCUGAUCAACCUUAUGACGAACGCUAUCAAAUUCACGGCCUCGUCCUCAACACGUGCCAUCAAGGUUACUGUAGGUGUGUCGAAAACUCCACCAGAAGGUGAUCACACACCUGACUUUGCUUUUGCGCCUACUCGUGGAGAACUUGGCAACGUUGUGUCUUCAGACGAAUGGGGCAAUGGGGAGACAUUGUAUGUGCGAUACAGGGUCCAAGACACAGGUUGCGGGUUGACAGAAAACGAGAGACGGCUACUUUUCCAACGGUUCAAGCAAGCCUCUCCUAGAACACACGCUAAAUACGGCGGAAGCGGUCUAGGACUGUUCAUCUCUAAGCGACUUGCUGAGCUACACGGAGGGCGAAUCGGCGUUGCUUCCACUGCUGGGCAAGGCAGUGACUUUGGCUUCUAUGUUCAAGCACGAAGAGCAUCAGCUCCCAAUCAAAAAGAUCCCAACCAGCCUGUCUUGUCGCAGUCACCGUCACCGCCAAGUACAAAUCCCGCCACAGUCGCAUCGCUACCAACAAGAACACCAUCUGGAGAAGCCUACAUCCUCAACUCAACGAAUAAUCGCCGGAGACAUGGAUCAGACGAAACAUUUGACCCGCGCGAUUUAACGGUCCACAUCGUGGAAGACAAUCUCAUUAACCAAAAGGUUCUUGUCAACCAACUACGAAAGGCCGGCUGCACCGUCAGUGCCACCAACGAUGGUGUGGAAGCACUCGAAUUCCUUAAAAAGACGCAUUUCUGUAAACUGGAUGGUUCAGAACUCUCAGUGGUUCUCAUGGACCUCGAGAUGCCUAACAUGGACGGUCUGACGUGUGUGUCCGAGAUUCGACGGAUGCAGAAGAAGGGAGAAAUCAUCGAGCAUGUACCUGUCAUCGCAGUCACAGCGAACGUCAGGGAUGAGCAGAUACGAGUGGCGUUAGAAAGGGGCAUGGAUGAUUUGGUGUCGAAACCUUUUCGGAUACCAGAGGUCAUGAGUAAAAUAGAGAGGUUAUUAAGGAAACAUGAUAGGUACUAG